GUUUUUGCCUUAGGGGAAAAGUUACAUGAUCAACCCCCAGCACUAAGCAUCUGUAAAGCUUGCGUUGACGAUCUGUUUUUUCUAUAUCUAUGAUAUAAACCAAUAGAAAUUUCUAACCUAAUGUACUUGUCAAUAUUAUAACAAUUAUUACAGUAGGACACGUACAAAGCAAUACGUUAUAGCUUCUUAAUUUAAAUAAAUGUAUUAUUUUACUAAAAUAUUAUAAAUAUAAAAUGGCCCAAGCGUAUGAUAAUUACUAUACCGAUUAUCAUAAAAAUGCUGAGUUGCAGCAAAAUCUAAAAUAUAAGAAAAAAUAUCGAAGACUUAAAAGGAUUGUAAAGAAUACCGUAUUUGAAAAUGCAGCACUAUGUGAUCAAGUUGCACAUAUGCAAGAAAAUUUGAUGUUGGUUAAAGAGGAGAGACUAUUUCUUCUCCGCAAGUUAUGUCAACAACAAGGUGAAAUAGAAUCUAACUCGACAACUCCAGCUCGCUCACAAACAAACAAUACAAAUUCACCAUCGCUUAAUCCAGAAUGUACUACCCCAAAAAAGACAGUAAAAAAGAGAACUUCUACAGAUGGAUCAGAACCAAAAAAUAAGACGAAAAGAUAUAACAAAACCACCAGAAGAGUGGUGCAAUUAAUUCCAUUGGAUGUACAUGGAAGGCCGAUAUUUCCUAUAGCUUUAGGAGAUCUCACAAUUUAUUCUCUUGGUGAAGUGGUAUCAGAUAGAGCUGCAUAUCACACAGAAGAUCUUAUAUUUCCAGUGGGUUACUGUAGUACUAGAGUAUAUGCAAAUUUGAAAGAUCCAAGAACAAAAAGUUUAUAUACCUGUAAAAUACUAGAUGGUGGUCCAAAACCUAGAUUUGAAAUAGUAUCUGAUAAUGAUUUGGAGCAACCAUUAGUUGGUUCCAGUCCUGACGAAUGUCACACAAAAUUAUUGGCAGCAAUUUCUCCAGCGCUUUGUACUAUAGUGCCGAAAGGCGCAGAUUUUUUUGGUAUUUCUCAUCCUACUAUACAAAAUUUAAUACAAAGUUCUCCAGGAACACGUAAAUUAGCAAUGUAUAAACAACAACGUUUUGAGGUAAGCAAAAAUCACGUAAUCGAUCGAUCCACAAGUCCAGUGACAGAAACGGAAACUGAUCCAGGAUUAGGUUUUGCAGCAUUACAUAGGCAUUAUGCUUUAAAUUCUUAUAGAGUAAAAGAAGAAUCUACAGAUCACGAUCUAUUAGCGCUUCAAGAUCUUCUUGCAUAACUGCUAAUGUUAUAAAAUGAAUAAUAUAUAGAUAUUAAAAUACAUUUUUUAUUCAUUUAUAAAACGUAUUAAUAGCUUUUUUUUGCGCAUACGCGUAUUAAUACUGCAGAGAAACAAAAAGUAAAUUUAACAAAGAAAAAUAUUGAGAAUUGUAAUAAUUAUAUCACAGAAUUAUAUUUUCAUAUAAAGAUGAAAUGAAGUGCGUUAAGAU